UCAAUUAUGCCAAUAAAUGCUUUGUUGUUCAAGAAAUCAAAGUGGAUAUGUUGGAACGGCAUCCAUUUCGAGUCUGACCUUUUGCCUGUCUGUCUGACGGCUGGUAAACUCGACGACUCCCAAGGGUAUAACUGAUUUCACCUUUUAUACCCUCUCACAUAUUCUAAUAUUCUGUUCAUCUAUACAUAUCUCUGUAUGCAUAGUAUUAAUAAUAAAAAUGUAAACUUAUAUUAUACAUUUGGCAAACUUAAGAUCUAUUAUCCACUCCUUUUAUAAAUUCAAGUUAUGUCAUUAACAUCUAGUUUCGAAACCUACUGUUAUUUUAUAUCCUGUUAUCUAAAAUUUAACACUGCCACCCACCACUAUUGCCAGAUGUUUUCAAAGUGACAAUACGAUGUGCUUCAAAAUCAACCCCUUUUAACUGCUACCAAAAGUGGUUGAAGCAACAGCACUCACAAACAUUUGACAAUUAACCUGCUGCAUCAAAAACAAACACCCCCACAAAUGUCAAAGUAAACGAUUAAAACGACAACCAAAGAACCAUUGCCAAACCAUUCCACCACCAUCCACUGAAUUAAAAUACCAGAGUCGUAUUUAAACGAAUAAAAGAAAUGUCAAUUCUACUUCGCAAAAGCCCGAUGUAUGAAUACGAUGGAAUAGAAAUAAUGAGUACAUUCAGCAGCAGCAAAUAGUCCUCGUCUAAGAAGUGGUGGUUACAUAUUUUGGUGAAAAAAAGCAAAAAAAAAAAAAUAAAUAAAAUUAUUAUUUAGUACAAGUUACACAAAAAAAGAAGCAGUGGAAUAUUCAAAGGCAAUCUAAGCGAAACAAAUGUUUUUAUGUUUGUUACUUUAAGUUUGGUGUUUGUGUUGCAAAUUUUCAUCAUUCCAAAAAGUUGCAUAUUUUCAAUUAGCAAAAAUUGAAUGCCUAAAAUUAUACCACAAUAAAGAAAACAUUUUCCAAGAAGAAAUUUGAUUUGGUGGAGAAAAGCCCAAAACAAAAGAAAAACUAAAUAAAAAGCAAGACGAAGCAGAAGUUUCAAGAACAAGUACCUAAAUAGUACAAUACCACCCCAGAAUCCUCAAUCAGCGAUAUUUUUAAAACGCAAAAACGGACAACUGAUACUCAGAUCAGUCAAAUUAAAAUUGGCUCAUUAAAUUGGACCACAGUGAAACUGAAUUGCGAAGCAACAAAAAAUAUACGAAAAGCAAGUUAAAGCUGUGAAUAUGCGUGCGUUGAUCGAGGAUACAAAGAAACUGAGUGUGAAUAAUAAUAAUAACAACAACAAUAAUAGCAACAGCAGCACCAGUACCAGUGGUGGUGGUAUUGUCAAGACUACAACAACAGGAAACAACAGUAGAACUAACAGGACAUCUGGAACGGCAACUGCAAGAAACAAUCUUAGUGGUGCCAGCAAGACAAAUCAAACGCAAUUGAAACAAAAGCAACAACUUCAACAGCAGCAGCAACAAAGUGCAGCAACCAAGACAUCCUUUACUAAUAAAGCUAUGCAACAACAACAAAAACAGCAACAAACGACAAUAACAAAUACGAGUACCAACAGUAAUACAAAAACCACAAAUUGCCCUCCCCCAGCUGGGGUGAAACUACGUGCAAAACAGCAACCACAAAAGCAACAACAGCAGCAGAAACAGCAACAACAACAACAGAAUCAGAAAAGCGAUAAUCAUCACAACAACAAUUCGUCAUCAUCAGCUGCAGUUGUGGCCACAGGAAAAGUUGAUACCUCAUCUUCGUCACCUGGCAAAGCCCUAUCUAAGCCACCCUCUCAUGGCACAACCACAAGCGAAGAAAUUUCUGGUGGUGUCCAAGACACCAUUUAUUUAUGCAACUUUCGGGUAUCCGUCGAUGGUGAAUGGCUAUGCCUAAAAGAGUUGCAAGACAUUGACAGCACUCCAGCACCCAUCAGUGCUUCGUCGGGUGUAAUUUCUGGCAGUGGUGGUGGUGGUGGUAGCAACCGCAAUUCUCAGUACUUGCAAAAGAAUAAACGCUACUCGGCCGGUGAUCGUCACUCCUAUGCCGGCAGUGGCAGCGGUGGCCCUUUCGAGGAUAAUGCACGCGAUCCAGCCGAAAUCGAGCGCAGUAAUUUGGUAAAUAUCUGUAAAUUGGUAGUCAAAGAAUUGCUAGAACAAUCGGUGCGUUAUGGUCGUAUGUUGGACUCGGAUCAUUUGCCAUUGCAACAUUUUUUCAUUGUUAUUGAACAUGUACUGGGUCAUGGGUUGCGAACAAAAAAGGGUUUAUUGGGUCCACGCAAAGAAUUGUGGGAUCUGUUGCAGUGCGUCGAAACGUAUUGUCCCGAGGCCCAAGAUAUAACGGCUAGUGUGCGCGACUUACCCACCGUUCGCACUCACAUCGGUCGUGCCCGGGCCUGGUUGCGUAUAGCGUUAAUGCAAAAAAAGUUGGCCGAUUAUUUGCAGGCUCUGAUCGAGCAUCGUGAGGAUGCCCUUUAUGAUUACUAUGAACCACAUGCUUUAAUGAUGAGCGAUGAGAUUGUUAUAAUUAUGGGCAUUUUGGUGGGCUUAAACGUCAUCGAUUGCAAUCUUUGCGUUAAAGAAGAGGAUUUAGAUUCUCAACAAGGUGUCAUUGAUUUCUCAUUGUAUCUUCGUUCAAGUUCUCGCAAUAAUGACAUUGAAGAAGAAAAUCAACAACAGCAACAACAACAACAAACAAAUAUGGACGCCAAUGGUCAGGGUAACAUGAUUGCGGUUUUAGAUCAAAAGAAUUAUAUUGAGGAACUAAAUCGUCAUUUAAACGCAACGGUGGCAAAUUUGCAGGCCAAAGUUGAAUCUUUGACCACCACAAAUGCUUUGAUGAAAGAGGAUUUGGCUAUAGCCCGAAACAGUUUGUUAGCAUUACAAGCCGAAAAUCAGGCUAUGAGGCAAAAUUCUAUUGCAAAUGUCGGACCCCCAUCUCUUAAUUCCAAUCAAAGUGACAACAGCUCCAACAAUUCCAAAGAUAAUGACAAAAAUGCUGUUGAAUCACUAAAAACCGAAUUGGACAAGGAAAAGAAGAAAACCAUGGAACUGGAGAAAGAAUUGAAAUUACAAAUAGCUUUAAAGGCUGAAUCCGAUAUGGCCAUGAAACUCUUGGAAAAGGAUAUACAUGAGAAGCAGGAUACCAUUGUAUCUCUGCGACUGCAGCUGGAUGAAAUCAAACAAAUAAAUUUGGAAAUGUAUCGUAAAUUACAGGAAUGUGAAGAUGAACUCACGCAAAAGGGCGAAAUGGUAGCUCGUCUGCAAAACAAAGCCUCGCAAAUUGGCAACAUUCUACAAUCGCUAGAAAAGAAAUACGAAAGCAAAAUGGACACCUCAAUGAUGGGCUCGUCGUCGUCGGCAACGGGAAAUCCAGCGGAAAAAUCACCCACCAGUCGCCGGCAACAGAAUCUACAAAUCUUCGAAGCAUUAACCAAAAAACAUAAACAAGACAUUGGACCACCUAUGAAACGUUUACAUUUGAAAAUGGAUGGUAUACCGCCAUUUAAUCCUAACAAUUAUCGUAAAUCCCCCUCGGCCACAUCCGAGAAAUUCCAUGAAUCUAUACCGGAAGUAAAGACUCCAAUGUCAGCUAAAUCGCUUAAGCUGUGCAUGGAUGAGGGUACCGACAAUGGCACAGUGGCUGAAAAUAAUGUGCAUAAUAAAAAUUCAGAUUCAGAAAUGCUAACGGCAGCUUCAUUGCCCAAUAACAGCACCGCGACUGCAGCGAUAAGUGAAUUUUAUGAAUCUGAAGAAAAGAAGGCGACACCAACUCCUCCUCCACCAGCAACUGCUGUUAAUUAAGGAAAAUUAUUUGUAUCUCUCCCUCUGUUUAUCUUCUUUUAGAAGUUGAAAAUUUUGUUAGAUUAUAAAAAAUUUUAUUGCAUUUAGUAUUUAUUAUAUUUAUAAUAGAAAUUGAAAUGUAUUGGUAUAUUUUAUUUAAAGAUUUUCCAUAUUACUAUUGUUUUCGAAUUGUAAACAUUAAUUUUUAAGAUGAAAAGGGGAUUAAAAUUCGCUAAUUUUAUAACUUUGUAAUUAUCUUAAAUAUGCAAGAGUGAGUUCAAUACGCAUGUAACGUCAAUCUACACAUCAUGUAAGAGUCAUACAUAAAGUGAACUUUUCUACAUUUUAUAUUUAGUAUUUGUAAAACAUACUUUUGAGCUGUUCCUCCGACAAUUUUUAAACCUCAAAGGAUCGUUAUAUUAUAAAAGCUAAUACUACACAAUAGUAUGUAAUAUAUGUACACUUAAAUUAUAUAUUGAAUAAAUUGAUUUAUGCUGUACUUUAAAUAGUUUCUUCUUAGUAUAAAAAUUCUGAAAAGAACCUAAAAGUAUGCAAUAAAAAUGCUAGAUAUAAACGUGGAAUAAGUAACGUUACAUAUGACUCCAACAUAAUGUGUAAACUAAACUAUUUAUUAAGAAUUGCAAAAUAUCGCUCGUUUAUAUCCUGUACCCCACAUAGUACGGACAGUUUUUCUUUACGACGUAGCUGGUCGUGACGUUUUUUAGGGUAUUGAAAAUGGGGUAUAUCGGUCUACGCUUUCGCACUUUACAAUGGAAUUGUUUGGCAUUUGAAGUUCUUAAUGGUUACCAACCUACCAGGCAGAAACUGCUCUAUAUAGAUCCACGUAUUCGUAUUAUCCCCAUAUUACGUUGCUUCCGCGAUAUUCGGUGUGGUUGUAUUUCCUCCCCGUUAUUCGGGGAGUUAAAUUUUUCUCCGGAAAUUGUUUCAAAAUUUAUUCUUGGAUUUUGUAAUUAACACUACCAUCAGUUUCUACUCGAGAGUUAAACAUAUUCACGAGAGGGAGUGCUUGAAGAGUAGGCGUCAAAAUCAAACGCUAUAUUUUUCCAUUUUUUUUAAAUUUUAUUGAAAUUUAUUCAAACGGCCAAUGAAACCGUCACACGCUGCCCGAAUCUCGCUCUGCGGUUUUUUUUGCCCAUUCCCUGCAAAGCGCUUGCUUGAGGUGAUCAACACUUUGGUAUAUUUUAGUGCCAACCUUGCUUUCCAAAAUACUACAGACACAAUAGUCCAACGGAUUGGUAUCCGGAGAUUUUGGUGGCCAUUGUGCGCUGGAAAUAAAGCGAGGAAUCUCAUUUUGUAACCAUUCUUGGGUGGCGCGUGCUGACUGGGAUGGUGAUGGAAUGUCUUGUUGGAAUGUCCAAGGUCGCGGGCAAAUUGAUUGCGUGCCCAGGGCUUUAAUACACCCUCCAGGGUAUUUUCGCUAUAAUAUCCGGCAUUUAUUCUGAUGCCACGGUCGAUUAAUACGAGCGGAGAGCGACCAUCGGCUGUUAUGGCGGUCCACACCAUCACCAUGGCCGGCGCUUGAGUUCUGGUGGUCAACCGAAGGUGCACAUUUUCAGCUGACCUCUUUGUCAAGUAAACACGAUCAUUUUGUUUGUUUACAAACUGCUGGGCAACAAAUGCAGUCUGAAGUUGGCUGCAGUUUUUCAUCUCACUCUGUAUUUAUUAUGUUUUCCGUAGAUACAUUAUUAUUUGCUAUCGAUGGACUUUUAUAAGUCGGGAUUAAUGUUAUGCAUUCCAGCAAAACGUUGAUAGCCUUAUGUGCAACUUAUUACGAGUAAUGACUGCCACAUAUUCGAGGUAUAGUUCCCAGGUGACUUUUGCACAAUUUGAGUUAGUUAAUACAUUUUCAAAGCGUUCUGAAUCUUUUUUACUGGCUUAUAUUUUAACCAUUAUCUGGUAUGUGCAGAUAAGGUGCAUUAAGCCGAUUACAACCCAAGAUCUGUUUCACAACUCAAUUAAAAUACUACCUGUUAAAUUAUAUAUAGUCCCCUAUGUUAUUUUUAGAAUAAACCCUUUUAAACCUCUCUCUUAAAGUAGAACUUCUAUACUGCUUAUCGGGUUUAUCAUUUAUCGUUUCUCUUUGGAACGCACUCUAAUCAUUGCUAAAAUUUAAUAUUUCUCUUGAGAUAUUUUAAAAAUAAAUUUGCUUUAUUUUCCUACAUUUCAUAAUAUUGUUUUUUUUUGCUGAACUCUAAGCCACACCAAGAAAAUUCGUCGGAUGAGUAAGUUUAGAAAGGAGAGAACGUUUUGAGAGAAAAAGGGAGUCGAACCAACCUUUUCUUUUUUCAAACUUCUCUACAAAAAUCUUAUUCUACAUCUACUUAAUUAUGGUAUUAAAAUUUAAUUUCUAUAAUAUUUCUCAUUUGAAAAACAAAAAUUAAUUUGUAAAAUAUUUCUUAAAAUAAAGCAAGACAAUUAGAUGUAUUAUAAAGAAAAAUAUUUAAUUUAUUAUAUAUAAUAUAUUUAUAUUAUAAACACAAGUAAAUUAUGCCUUUAAAAAAAAAAACUAAAAUGUUAUGAAAAAAAAAAAAUAAAUUAUUAUAUAAAUUAUAUAAACGAUAGUAUAACAACACUAUUUCGAAAUAUUUUAGGUGCAAUUUAAACCUUUUUUGUCUUGAGGUUUAUAAAGCAUUUCAUUGCUAACUCAAAACAUUCUAUUUUUGCUGUCAAAAUUUCUAGUUGAUACAACCGGGUUUGAAUGAAAAUCUGUCUAUUUCAACGGAAACCUCUAAACAUUUAUAUUCAUUUUAAAUGGUUUUUUGGAACAAGAUUUCAGUUUUUUUUUGAAAAAUUAAAUCUUGUAUGAAUAGAAAACAUAUAUAAAUAAGCUCUAAAAUAUGUAUACAGGGUGCGAUAAAAAAGCUGCAAAAAAGUCAAACGCCAUAAUUUUUAAUUUUUUUUUCAAUUUUAUUGAAUGAAUGCAAAAAAAAAAGUCUGAAAUAGCAUUACAUUUUAUAAUUAGUUUAGAUUUGUUCGAAUUCGUCACCUUUGGCACGAAUUAAGGCCUUCGGUCAAUGAAACCGUCACACGCUGCCCGAAUGUUGCUCUGCGAUAUUUUGGCCCAUUCCGGCGAAGCGCUUGCUUGAGGUGAUCGACACUUUGGUAUUUUUUAGUGCCAACCUUGCUUUCCAAACUACUCCAGACACAAUAGUCCAACGGAUUGGUAUCCGGGGAUUUUGGUCCAACGAAUGUUUUCUCAUCGGAGAAAACCAAAUUCGGCAGUUCACCACUUUCGGCCAAGCGAAGCAACUCUUUAGCUCUUUUGAGUUGAUAUUCUUUCUGUUGCGGUAUAAGUUCUUUCACUUUUUGGAAUUUCAAUGGCUUUACCUCGAGCUCAUUUUUCAAUAUUUGCCGAAUGGAAUAUUGCGAUAUGUUCGGCUCACGAGCCAAUUUUCGGCCACUGCGACGCUGGUUUCGAUCAAGUCGCUUCUUUACUUUUCGAACCAUUUCUGCUAAUGUUGCUGUUUUCUUUCGUCCACUUCCUUGACGUCGGGCUACGCUACCAGUAACGUCACGGUAACGAGCGAUGGUACGAGACACAAAAGAUUUAUUCACAUUUAAAUGCUGGAGUGCUCUAACGAUAGCCACUUGUGGUUUUCCAGCCAAAUAUAAAGAAAUCAGACUAUCACGCUUGAAUUCUAUCACGAAUAACUUUUUUUUGGAAAAUGCUCACCAAAUUGCUUUUGUACGCUUGUAAACAAUAUGAUGAGCUGUCAUUUUAACAUAUGUCGGACGAGUGUCUUAGAAAUGACAGCAGUCUGAAGUUGGUUACAGUUUUUUCAUCUUACCCUGUAUAUUGGAUUAAAACUAUAUUUCGUUCGAUUAAAAGAAAAUCUUCGAAAUAAUCAAUUUUUUUUACUUUCAAUAUUUGCUCUGGCCUUGAAAAAAAUUCAAACUAGUAGAUUCUUGCAGGUACUGGAACAGACCAAUUUAUUUAAUUUAAAUUUUUUUCAAAUUUUCAAAAUAAUACUCCUCAUUUUGAAAUAAAGGAAUAUAUAAGAUAUUGUGAGUUCAAAUUCAAUACGUUGUCUGUGAGUUUUCUUCUUGGGAUUCCGAUCCCCAGCAAAGUGAACUUGUUUUAAAUUACAACUAUAAUAUUUCGAAUAGUAAUUCUAUACACGAAUGGUAUGGCUAAUGGUAUGUGGUACCUAGGACUUGUAUCCCAUGAAAAAAAAAAGAAAUCCUAGAUGUUGUAACAAAAAAAAAAUAAAAAACGUCAGUCGAAAGAAACUAAAGUAACAAUACAAACAAACAAAAGCAAAAAAGAAAAAAUAACUUAUCGUUAGUAAAAUGUUGAGAAAAAAAAUAUAUGUAGAAAAUAUUGGUCGAACAACUAUAUAUUAUGAAUACUAUAUUAUCUAUCUGUGUUGAAAGAUAUUAUAUUGAUUAUCCAAAAAGUAGAUUUUCAACUUAAAUUAUAUUCAAUAACAAAAAAAAAAAAAAAGAUGAAGAUGAAGAGAAGUAACAAAAUAUUUAGUAACUUAAUUAUUUUGGUAAUUUAAAAAACAAAAACAAGAAAAGUUGAAAACAAUAAUUAAAGGAAAGCUUUAACUUGUACCAUGCUUCAACUAACUUAUAAAAAUACAAACAUAAAUGCAUACUUAUAACCCAACACCCACUCAUUUACAUAUUUACUUCAUACAUAUAUAUUAUUAAACAUUAAUUAAAUGCAUAGUAUUUAGGUUUGCAUUAUUUUAUUUUUAAAUCAUUUUCAAACUAGAAUCUCAAAAGGUCAUAUAAAACCCACAACAAAUGAUGGAGUUGGAAUGUUAUGAACUAUAAACGAAUGUUUUUUUUUCUAUAACAUAUAUUUUUAGUUAAUUAAUUUUACUAAUUUCUUUACAAAAUUUAUUAACAACAUAACUAUAAUUUUUAAAAAUAUCUAAUAAAAAGAAAAUGUAUAAAAAA